AUGGAAGAUAAUAAAGAGAUCCUCGAAGUUGACGUCGAUGUGGACAUUGACAUGGACACCGAUCCUGAAAGCACUACCCAAGAGAAAUCACUAGAGAUGAUUGCAGAAACUCAACCCUCUAAAUCAUCUUCAACACCCAGUAAAGAUCGUGAAUCCAAAUCAUGGAGUCUGGAUUCGUAUGAGUUACACGAUGUCGAUGAUAAAUCAAGAGCUCUUAUCGAGCAAAUGCUUGCCGAGGAGCAAUACUAUUAUGGGGAUGAUACAAUAUCCACUCUUCCAACUUCUCAAAGCAACCAACGCAAAAAGAAAGGGGAUUUGAAAGGCAAAAAAAUAGCAAAGAAGCAAAAGUCAGAUAUGGAUUUUCAAUUGACAGAUGACAGUGAUUUCGGAGGUUCAUCUCUUCAACAAAAGAAAUUAUCCAAGAAAGGCGAAGGUUCUCUUUCAUCUAUUUCACUCCCUUCUCAUAAGACGAGAUGGACAAGUGAAGAAGAUGACAGCUUAAAUGAAGCAUUGACAAAAUAUGGAUACGGCAAUUGGAGAGUGAUAUCAGAGUUCGUAAAGACACGGAAUCCUCUUCAAUGCAAAAACCAUGCACGCCAUUGGUUAUUAUCUGACAAGUUGGAUAAAUCUCAUAUGCCGAACAAAGAAUCAGAAGAUAUGAAGAAGAAAGACAUGGAAAAUAAACAAGCUCCUAAGAAUAUUGAGUCAUCAAUGGAUAUGGACGAAGAUAUUUCUGUGGAAGACGAGUUUAAAACCAAUGCAGAAAAUGAACUUCAGAAAGAUCUAGACGAAAAUGACAUUCUUAUAGAGGAACCAAAGGACGAACAAAUGGCCGAUAAAGAUACGCCUUUGGAUAAAACAAAAGCUCAGGAUAUAGAAAUAGAUACACCAGUUACCGACGAUAUUUCCAAAACACAACAAAUACAACCUUUAAUUCCUGCUGAUACAAAUUCAUUAGACAACCCUACAGCAGAUAUAAAAUUCCAAAAACCAUCGAAAUCUCCUGAGGAUAUACAUGAUAAAGACAGUGCUUCUCCCGAACCUUCUUUAAAGGAAAAUCGUACUGAAUCUCCAAAAUCUAUUCCAAAGGAUACUUUACCCAAAAAAUCUAUUUCUACCGAUAACACUGAAAACGCUAAAAAUACUGAUAAAGUUGAUAAAGCUGAUAACGCCAAUAACACUGACUCGCGCUUUGAUAGACAUUAUAUAUCUGAAGAAGAAAAAACAAAUAAUCCUGAAUGGUUCAACAAUAAGCAAUCAAAGACCCCUGAUCGAUAUCUUAGAAUCCGGAACCACAUGCUUGAUUGCUGGAAGUCGUGCAAGCCGCGUUACCUUACAAAAACAAGUGCUAGAAAGGGUCUCCAGAAUUGUGGUGAUGUCAAUGCUAUCGGCAGAGUACAUUCUUACCUUGAGAGUGUAGGAGCUAUCAACGUAGACUGUAUUACAAAUGCACCCCGCCCACCUAAACGUGUUGCACGCGAAACCUUUGAAGAUGACGAAACGUUUUUUAAUGCAGCUGAAUUAGUAGUUGGCUAUGAAGGGGUCGAUCCUAAAGAAUUAGAGGGUCGGGUUAUUGAACAUGGACAUGAUCGUCAAACAGAUAAUGCAGCUCGUCCCAAACGUGUUAUAAAGCGACCUCAACAGUAUUAUGGCGGGGAUGACUUUGGGCGUGGUUAUGAUCCUUUCAGACUGGUACCUGUAGACUACUACGGGGAUGAUGACCCGGCUCCAUUUACAGUGGAGAUUGACAGUGAUGUUUUGCUUAUUAUGGAUUUUCAUUCUCACUUGGCACAUACAGAAAUUAUUGGUCUUCUUGGAGGAAAUUUCGUAAACAAUAAUGGGGCAAAAAUACUAAAGGUAGAAUCUGUUUUCCCUUGCCGUAGUACAAGUACAGGUAUUCAGUGUGAGAUGGAUCCAGCCUCAGAAAUGAUGGCAAGAGAAGCGUUUUCGGAAAAGGGCUACACUGUUGUUGGUUGGUACCAUUCUCAUCCUACUUUUGAGCCUCACCCAAGUAUCCGUGAUAUUGAGAAUCAAACGUCUUACCAGACUUUGUUUCGAGACGAAAAGACAGGAGAUGAACCAUUUAUCGGUGUGAUUGUAACACCAUAUGACCCCGAGAAUGUCAGUGAUCACUCUCAAGUACAGUAUCUCCAUAUCAGUAAUCGAUGGAACGAAACACGGUCCUUUAGAUUGCCUUUUGCAUGUCGUCGCAUGGUGCAACAGAGCGAGCAGGUCUCGCCAGAAGUGAUGGCCAACUUUGAAAGACUUGUAGAUGAAUUCAAGGAUUAUGAACAUAAAAUAGAUAUGUCUCUCCCGUUCGGUCACCAAACACGUCUUGAUAAACUAUUGGAUUCAUUACGUGCCAAUAUGUUCUUGAACGCAGAGCAAGAGACUGAAUUUCUCGAGAAAGUACGGAAUUUGAUGGUUAACACAUUCAAUCAGAAAAAGCCGGCACUAGAGACAGCCAAGCUGGAUGUACCGACUAAAGAAGUAACUGAACCAGUUUCUCAGCCAGUUGAGACCCUUGACAGACAAUGAUCUUAGGGUCUGUUUAUCUUUAUGCAUUUGACUUUUUGUUUAGUUCAAAACCUGUAAAUAUUAAUUAUAUAACUCAUUUCCUCCUCUUC